ACCCUUUUUCCCACUCCCCAGCUCCUCUACCUCUCCCUCUCCCUCUCCCUCUCCCAGAUAGAUAGCUGAGCUUAUUCCAUUUAUAUUUCAAUUUUCCGGAGCAUAGUUAGAAAUUUUCUCGGCAACCAAACAGGGUCUAAUACUCAUUCAAGUACUAUUACACUAUUUACACAACACAAGCGUCAGCCAAUUCAUGUACCGAUCAUCGAUACAAUGAUUUUCUCAAGAAUCGGACGCUCUCUUUUUCGCUCCACUCGUUCCUCGUUCCAAAGAAAUGUAAAUUCUGGUAACUAUACUGAGAGGAGUUUGUUACCGUACGAAUCGCACUUGUCCUCUUCGGGAAGUGAGUGCAUUUCACGCGUCGAUGGCGGAUUAGGGCUUAUGAGGGGCUUCGUCACUUCCUUUGGAGCCGGGAAGCAACUCGUUUUGAAUUCGUACUUAUCGAAUUUCAGUUCCGUCAUCGCAAACCCUAGGGUUCGCCGAUUUUUCUCUAGCGAAGCGCCCAAGAAGAAAAAAUAUGAAAAUUACUACCCGAAGGACAGGAAGGAAGUUCCGAAAGGGAAAGAACAGAAAUCCGAGUCGAAAGGGGACUCAAAUAGUGGUGAUCAUGGGAAUUCCCAGGAGAACUUGGUGAAGCAGUUCCAAAGUUUAAUCACUCCAUUACUGUUCAUUGCCUUUAUCUUUUCAUCAGUUUUAUUCAGUCCUCAUGAUCAAAAGCAGAUUAGCUUCCAAGAAUUCAAAAACAAGCUACUUGAACCUGGUCUGGUGGAUCGCAUUGUUGUUACAAACAAAUCAGUUGCAAAAGUGUAUGUGAGGAGCUCACCACGUGUUAAAAAUCAGACCAAUGAUGAUGUUGCCCAAAGUCCUAUCAAUGGUACCCCUACUAAUGGAAAUGCAAGCCAGUAUAAAUUCUAUUUUAACAUUGGAAGUGUUGAAUCUUUUGAGGAGAAGCUGCAGGAAGCACAAGAAGCAUUAGGGAUUGACCCUCAUGAUUAUGUCCCUGUAACAUAUGUUUCUCAAGUGAAUUGGUACCAAGAAUUGAUGAGGUUUGCCCCAACAGUAUUGCUUUUAGGAUCCCUUUGGUUCAUGGGGCGAAGAAUGCAAAGUGGAUUUGGUGUUGGUGGUUCUGGUGGAAAAGGUGGCCGUGGAAUAUUCAACAUUGGAAAAGCUCAUAUUACAAAAGUGGAUAAGAACGCAAAAAACAAGGUAUAUUUUAAAGAUGUAGCUGGCUGUGAUGAGGCAAAGCAGGAAAUCAUGGAGUUUGUUCAUUUCCUCAAGAAUCCAAAGAAGUAUGAGGAAUUAGGAGCGAAAAUUCCAAAAGGUGCACUUCUUGUGGGUCCUCCAGGCACUGGGAAGACGCUUCUUGCAAAGGCAACAGCAGGUGAAUCUGCUGUCCCUUUUUUAUCUAUAUCUGGGUCAGAUUUUAUGGAAAUGUUUGUUGGUGUUGGGCCAUCAAGGGUUAGAAGCUUAUUUCAAGAGGCAAGACAAUGUGCACCUAGUAUAAUAUUUAUUGAUGAGAUAGAUGCAAUUGGUCGGGCUAGGGGGCGUGGAGGUUUCUCAGGUGGAAAUGAUGAGCGUGAAAGUACUCUCAACCAAUUACUUGUAGAGAUGGAUGGUUUUGGAACCACUACAGGAGUUGUUGUACUUGCUGGUACAAAUAGGCCCGACAUUUUAGAUAAAGCCUUGUUGAGGCCUGGUCGGUUUGAUCGUCAAAUUACAAUUGAUAAACCUGACAUCAAAGGUCGUAAUCAGAUUUUUCAAAUUUAUCUGAAGAAGCUGAAACUGGAUCAUGAGCCAUCAUACUACUCUCAAAGGCUUGCUGCCCUUACUCCUGGAUUUGCUGGAGCAGACAUUGCUAAUGUUUGCAAUGAAGCUGCUUUAAUUGCCGCAAGGAAUGAGAGUACAGUGAUUACAAUGGAACAUUUUGAUGCAGCUAUAGACAGGGUUAUAGGUGGUCUGGAAAAGAAGAACAGGGUAAUAAGCAAGUUGGAACGGCGUACUGUUGCUUUCCAUGAGUCUGGUCAUGCUGUUGCUGGAUGGUUCUUGGAACAUGCUGAACCCUUGCUUAAAGUUACCAUUGUUCCCCGUGGUACUGCAGCACUGGGUUUUGCUCAAUAUGUACCCAAUGAAAAUCUAUUAAUGACCAAAGAGCAGCUCUUUGAUAUGACUUGCAUGACCCUCGGUGGUCGAGCUUCUGAGCAGGUUUUGUUGGGGAAGAUCUCAACUGGAGCCCAGAAUGACUUGGAGAAAGUGACCAAGAUGACCUAUGCCCAAGUUGCAGUUUAUGGUUUCAGUGACAAGGUAGGUCUUCUUUCUUUUCCUCAAAGGGAUGAUGCAUUUGAGAUGACCAAGCCCUACAGCAGUAAGACUGGUGCAAUUAUUGACGGGGAAGUUAGAGAAUGGGUGGGUAAGGCCUAUGAUCGCACCAUUCAGCUUAUAGAGGAGCACAAAGAGCAUGUAAUGCAGGUAGCAGAGCUUUUGCUUGAAAAGGAGGUCCUUAAUCAAGAAGACCUGGUUCAAAUAUUAGGGGAGCGCCCGUUCAAGUCAAGCGAGCCCACAAAUUAUGAUAGGUUUAAGCAAGGGUUCCAAGAUGAAGAUAAGGAGCCUAAAGAGACCACAGAGGGUGGCACAGUGGACGGCAGGUCAUCACCUUUGGAACCAGAUGUUGUCCCUGCAUAGCUCUUCAUAAGGCUUAUGGUUGUACAAAUUAAAUUUUGUUGACGUUAAAAUUCCUUCAUUAGCCACAUGUAUCUGAACCAACUUGUAAAGAUCUUCUAAUGGAAGCAAAAAAUCAUUUAUAAGAUCCAGUUAAUUCAA